UCGAACCGCAGCAUUCGCUCCUACGACGUCAGCUGCUCGGACAAAUUAGUUGAGAUUUUCAAAUUUGUUUCUUUUGCCCUAAGUUUUUUCAAUCCUAAACCGUAACCAUGUCCGAUGAUGAAGAGUACACCAGCUCCGAGGAGGAGGAGGUUGUCGAGGAGACCAGAGAGGAGACGUAAAAAACCACCUCAGACACCAGCCGAAGGUGAGGGCGAUCCAGAGUUCAUCAAGCGUCAGGAUCAGAAGCGUUCCGAUCUCGAUGAACAGCUGAAGGAAUAUAUCAGCGAAUGGCGCAAACAGAGAUCCAAGGAGGAGGAUGAGUUGAAGAAACUGAAGGAGAAGCAGGCCAAGCGUAAGGUGACCCGUGCCGAGGAGGAGCAAAAGAUGGCCCAGCGCAAGAAGGAGGAGGAGGAGCGUCGCGUGCGCGAGGCUGAGGAGAAGAAGCAGCGUGAAAUCGAAGAGAAGCGCAUGCGUCUCGAGGAGGCCGAAAAGAAGCGUCAAGCCAUGUUGCAGGCCAUGAAGGACAAGGACAAGAAGGGACCCAAUUUCACCAUUGCCAAGAAGGAGGCAGGCGUGUUGGGACUCUCGUCCGCCGCCAUGGAACGUAACAAGACUAAGGAACAACUGGAGGAGGAGAAGAAAAUCUCGCUAUCGUUCCGCAUUAAGCCAUUGGCCAUCGAGGGCUUCGGCGAGUCCAAGCUGCGUGAGAAGGCCCAGGAAUUGUGGGAGCUCAUUGUCAAAUUGGAAACUGAAAAGUAUGACUUGGAAGAAAGGCAGAAACGUCAGGAUUACGAUUUGAAAGAGUUGAAGGAAAGACAGAAGCAACAGCUCAGGCACAAAGCCUUGAAGAAAGGUCUAGACCCCGAAGCUUUGACUGGCAAAUACCCGCCCAAGAUUCAAGUCGCCUCCAAAUAUGAGCGACGUGUGGAUACACGCUCAUAUGAUGACAAGAAGAAACUCUUCGAGGGUGGCUGGGAUGAAAUUUCCAAGGACUCCAGCGAGAAGAUCUGGAAUGAGAAGAAGGAACAAUACACCGGCCGUCAAAAAUCCAAACUGCCAAAAUGGUUCGGCGAACGACCAGGCAAGAAGGCCGGUGAGCCCGAGACACCCGAGGGUGAGGAGGAUGCCAAGGCCGAUGAGGAUAUCGUUGAAGACGAUGAGGAGGUCGAGGAGGAGGUUGUCGAGGAAGAGGAUGAGGAGGCUGAGGAGGAUGAGGAGGAAGAGGAGGAGGAGGAAGAAGAGGAGGAAGAGGAGGAGGAAGAAGAGGAGGAGGAAGAAGAAGAAGAGGAGGAAGAAGAAUAAAUGAAUUAACUAUGUUUUUUUCGUAAUAUCAAAAACCAACAAAAUACCAAAAAACAAAAAAAAAAAAAAAUAAUUAAACCAAAACAAAGCCAAAACAAGCAAUUUUAAUAAAAGUAAAAGAAUGAACUAAAUAGUUAUUACAUUAGCUAUUAUUCAAAAGAAACAAACAAACCAACACAGACACAACAUCCACUAAGAAGAUGAGUUAAAACAACAUCUCAAAAAAAUAAGAAAACAACAAAUCUUA